AUGGGGAACUGUGCCUUUAAAGGAUUCACUGCAAGUGAGGGUGUAUGGGAUAAGGACACGAUGGUGAAGGUGGUGACACCAAAUGGAGGCAUAAUGGAGCUUUACACCCCAAUAACCGCGGAGUGCUUAACCAACGAGUUUUCCGGCCACGGAAUAUUCCGAAGCCGCCGCGACUUGCUCUCGAAGCCGCUCCACCACGACGAGGAGCUUCAUGCGGGGGAGCUCUACUACCUUCUCCCUCUCGACCCUUCUUGCAGGUUGUCAUCCACCAAGAACAUCACACGACAACUAUCCAACAACGCUGCCGCCGCCAGUGAAACCUUAACGCCGUAUAGAAUGUGUACCUACGAUAACAACAACAACAAUAGGAUAUGGUCGGAAAAAGGUGAAGUUUUUUCGAGAAAGGGAGUGUGGAAGGUGAAGUUGGUGAUAAACCCGGAGCAGCUGUCGGAGAUAUUGUCGCAGGAGUCACGGACAGAGGCGUUCGUGGAGAGCUUGAGGACGGUGGCAAAGUGCGGCAAUGGGGUGCUGUCGGCGGCUCCGAAUUCCGAUCACAGUGCUUCUAGCAGUUGGAAGGGCCCUCCCUUUGAAUGA